AUGGGCGGACAUUUGACAAGCGGCCAGCAUCCUGUCCUGGUGGAGCUAACUUAUCAAAUUUGCAACUACGAGCUCAAUGAAUUUUUGGGUUCAGAGUGUAUACUGAGCCUAUUAAGAGCCUCUGUAACCUUGCCCACCACCGCCCAGAGUAUGAGUAUGGAAAUAAAUCAAAUGAAAAAAAUCAAGGGCAGGGGCGAGCGCGACAAAAAAGGCGUGUUAUGUAGACGAGAGUCAAGGCUGCCCCGUCAGGGUGAGAGCGACACUAUACCAUAUAAAAGCUCGGUCUGCCUCGCCGACACAUCACACUCCACCAUGAAGCUCCUGAUACUCGUUUCAUUGGUUGCGGCAGCCGCCGCCGAGAAACGCCCGGCCUACAGUCUACAAAGACCUUCUGGUCCAGGUCUGAUCAUAGGUGGAUCAGGAGGCUUCGGUGGCGGUGUAGGGGCCGGUGGAGGAGGCUUCAGUGGUGGCGUAGGGGCCGGUGUUGGCGGCUUCGGUGGCGGCGCAGGAUUAAGUGGCGGCGCAGGAUUCGGUGGCGGCGCAGGAUUAAGUGGCGGCGCAGGAUUCGGUGGCGGUGUAGGAUUCGUAGGAGUCAGCUGUGGUGCUGGACAGGUUCGUCAUGUGGACGGAAGUUGCGUGACUCCUAUUGUCACCAGAAACUCAUUUGUGUAUACUGCUCCACCAGUGGCCCCAAUCGUCGGUCCACGCCCAAAUGUUCCCCUACCAAAGCUUGAACACAACAUUAUCUUCAUCCGUACCCCAGAAGUUGGACUUGGUCAGGAACCCAUUGUGGUGCCACCACCUCAACAGAAGAACGUCGUGUACGUCCUCAACAAGCGACCAGAAUUGGACCAGAAGGUCGUCCACGUCCCAGCACCAGAACAACAGACUCCAGAAGUGUUCUUCGUCAACUACGCCGACGGCGACAACCCGACUCUACCUACAGGAGAGGACCUCCAGUCUGCCCUCAGUGUUGCUGCUCAAAGUGGUGGUCAGGUCAUCGGUGCUGGUGGUGGCAUUGGAGGCGGCAUUGGUGGCGGCAUUGGUGGCGGUAUUGGAGGCGGUAUUGGAGGCGGUAUUGGAGGCGGUAUUGGAGGCGGCAUUGGUGGAGGCCUUGGAGGUGGUAUUGGAGGCGGCAUUGGAAGCGCCAUUGGUGGUGGCCAUGGAGGUGCCAUUGAUGGUGGCCAUGGGGGCACCAUUGGUGGUGAUUUUGGAGACGACUUCAGUAGUGGUGAGAGCGCAGAAGGUGGAUUCAGUGUGUCGACCCCGUCUGGUCUAUAUUCCACACCGUAAACAUGUUAACAACGCCUUCGCCAUCAAGCUCUUGGUCUCGUACUGCAGGACGGAACAACUCAUUGUUUAUAUCUAAUUUAUAAUGUUACUAAUCCUUCCACUUGUGUAAUAUUUAUUUUAUCCAAGUCAUGAUUUUAUUUAACAUGACAAUCUCGGAUAUCACCUGUAAACGAUGACCAAGAUAAAUAUUAACCUUAUUUA